AUGUCACCCCAAGGUACCAAUGAAGUGCAAAGUAACCAACUAAACACAAUGGCCACUGAUGCUCCUGCAGGAGAUCCUGGUUCUUUGACAGUCGCUAGUAAUGAUAAUAGAAAAGUCUCCCGCGAAGACAUUGAACUUGUCCAGAAUUUGAUAGAGCGCUGUCUGCAGCUAUACAUGACCAAAGGAGAGGUUGUUAGGACGCUUUCUUCUCGUGCGAGAAUAGAACCUGGCUUCACUACUUUAGUAUGGCAGAAACUCGAAGAAGAGAACCCUGAAUUCUUUCGGGCUUACUAUAUAAGAUUGAAACUGAAAAGACAGAUUAUCUUGUUCAACCAUUUGUUGCAGCACCAGUGUAAUUUGAUGAAAUAUCCAGCACAUCCGAAUGUUCCACUGGCUCCAAUGCAAAAUGGGAUGCAUCCUAUGCCAGUUAACAAUCUACCGAUGGGGUAUCCAGUACUUCAGCAACCUCUGAUGCCUGCUCCCGGCCAGCCUCACAUUGAUCCGAUGGUUUGUGGUCUAUCCAGCGGUCAUAUGGUGAAUGGGAUCCCUGCACCAGGUGGCUAUCAACCAAUUCGCAUGAAUUCCGGAAAUGACAUGGUUGUUGACAACGGUGCACCUGAAGUUGGACAUAAUGGUGCCAUGUCAUCCGAGAUGGCUGUGAGCCCCUCAUCGGCAGCAUCAAGCAACCAUGCUCCUUUCACUCCGUCGGAGAUACCAGGGAUGGCUAUGGAUACAUCGAUGCUAGAUUCAGCAUUUGGAUCUGACAUAGGGAACACAGAACCUCUGCAAUUAGGGCCAGAUGGGUCGUCAAGGGAUUCCAUCCGAUCCUUGGGGCAGCUCUGGAAUUUCAGCCUCUCUGAUCUUACAGCUGAUUUGACAAGUUUAGGAGAUUUGGAGGCUCUUGAGAACUACGAAGGUACCCCUUUCCUGCCCUCGGACUCGGACCUCUUACUUGAUUCCCCAGACCAUAAUGAUGACAUAGUUGAGUACUUCGCCGACGCCAUCAACGGGACUCAAUCAGAUGAAGAGAACCAACUAUUUGUGAUUCUACCGAUCCCUGUCCCUCCUGCUAUUAUCCUCCUGCUCGUGAUCCCGUUCAGUCAAAUGACAGGUGAAGAUAUCCAUGAGGAUCGAAGACAGUAUGAGAUAACGGGGGUCCGGGCCUCCACCUUCUUCUGGCCGGGCUCGGAGGUGAAGAAGGGCUCCUGGGACUGCCCCGACAAGUAUUGCCGCCACUAUAAUGGCUCUGUGCCAUUUGAGGACAGGGUUGACGCCGUCCUUGGUUACUUUGAUCUCCCGGCUGAUGAAAUGCCGCAGUUUCUGACACUGUACUUUGAGGAUCCAGAUCACCAGGGCCACCAGGUCGGUCCUGAUGACCCAGCCAUCACUGAUGCUGUGACGCAUAUUGACGAGAUGAUCGGGAGGCUCAUUGCUGGUUUGGAAGCUAGGGGGGUGUUCGAGGAUGUGAACAUUAUAUUGGUUGGGGAUCAUGGGAUGGUUGGGACCUGCGACCAGAAGCUACUGUUUCUCGAGGAAUUGGCUCCAUGGAUUGAGGUGAAGGCUGAUUGGGUUCUGUCGAGGACACCAUUGCUGGCAAUCAGGCCGCCAGAUGGUGUAUCCCCGGCAGAGGUCGUGGCCAAGAUGAAUGAAGGGCUGAGCUCUGGGAAGGUGAAGAAUGGGCAGUAUCUGAAGAUGUACUUGAAGGAGGAUUUGCCUUCUCGCCUGCAUUACUCGGAAAGCUAUAGGAUACCACCAAUUAUUGGGCUGGUAGCUGAAGGUUAUAAGGUGGAGAUGGAAGUAUCAAAGAAAAAUGAGUGUGGAGGGGCGCAUGGGUAUGACAAUGCCUUCUUCUCAAUGAGGACCAUAUUCAUCGCACACGGGCCUCGUUUCGAAGAGGGUAAAAUUGUGCCCUCCUUUCUGAAUGUGGAGAUAUACAAUGUCAUUGCUUCCAUUCUCAGUUUGAAGCCAGCUCCAAACAAUGGCUCCAGUUCUUUCCCUGGAACAGUUCUUUUGCCGAGUGAAUGA